AUGCGUCGCGGUCGCGGUCACGGCCCGGGUAGCCCCGGCGGGCGUCUUUUCUCGACCACCAAACAAGACGCUGGUGAAGUGGUGGCUACGAGCCAAAGCCAAGGUGAAGGCGGAAACGUCAAGAUCAUCACGUACGAUCUUCUUAAACCCAAAACUCAAAUUCCGAACCCCACCACAAUCAUAAUCGACGUCCGCGAACCCACUGAAGUCAGAAAUGGCAUGAUACCCACCGCAGUCAAUAUCCCCCUCACGACUCUCCACGAUUCUCUAAAAUACUCUUCAGAAGAGUUCAAGAAACUGUAUGGUGUUUCGAAGCCGGAGAGGAAUCAGGAGAUUACGUUUUAUUGUUAUAAGGGGUUGAGGAGUCGGGUUGCGAGUGAUAUUGCGGUGAUGAAUGGGUUUACGAAGUGA